GUUGUUGAUGAUGUUGGAGUUUGUGAUUGUGCUGGCUGAUGUUGUUGGGGAGUCCGCGAAUCAGUCGUGAAGCAGCUGGCGAGGCGAUCUUGGUACGCGUUUGUGAGUGAGUGAGAAAAGUCCAUCCUCGUCCACGGACGGAACCCAUUCGAAAGUUAUCGCUUCCCGAGGCAACACACAACAGCAGCCCGUCAGUGCCGUUCGUUCGCGAUAGUUUGCACCGUGGAAGAUUUACCGUUUCCGGAAUUCUCCGUCGCGGAAACUGUGCGUGCAGCGUAUAUAAAGUCGGUCGAAAGUGGACGGUUUUACGGGAAAGAAUUUACGGCUGGUUGAGUGGUCGGUUAGUGUAAAAUUUCUCAAGAUAGAAACUAGUGAAAUUGAAAAAAAAAUCUAACAAAAUUAACGAAGAAGAGAUAGUGAGUAACGGUGGCACUAGCAGAACUAGGGAGUCGACAUGAAGGAACAGACGGAAGUCGAUAAGGCCAGUAAGGCCAAUCGGGCUAGCCAGCUGCUGACCAACGAAGAGAAUGAGCAACUCUUUGAUCUACUGGGUAAACGGUGUCAGACCCAAUGCACCGCCGUGGUGCAGCUCUACAUGACGCAAUCCCCAGCGCACGCUUCCUGGGUGAAGAAAUGGACCGGUGCGCUGUGCUUCAUCAAGGACAACAUCCGAAAGUCGUACUUCUUCCGGCUGUACUGCCUCAAAACGAACCAGAUGGUGUGGGAGCAGGAGAUUUACAACGGGAUCGAGGUCACCAAGCCGAGACCGUUUCUGAUCGUGUUCGAGGGACAGGAAGGAAUUGUGGCGUUUAACUUUGCCAUGGAGAGUGAAGCGACCGCUUUUAUGAACACAACCAAUUCUACGAUAUCCAACAGAAACCGACGAAGAGAUGAACGUCUCAAACGAAACAGCACCCGAAAGGAUCCACCUCCAGCGCGGCCCCCACCGGUAUCAAACCAAAAAGAGGACAGCUCUGUCACUCUGCGCCACAAGCCAACAUUUUCUGCUCCAACGAUUCCAAACACUGCCUUCCAAACCCAGCAACAGCCGCAGCAGCCCCAGUAUCAGCGAUCGGCAGCGAAAAACAAGGGCAAACCCCGCCUACGCAAGGAGGACAUUGGCAUGCCGUCGAACUUCAAGCACGUAACGCACGUCGGCUGGAGUCCGACCAGUGGAUUCGAUCUCAGCGGCGAGGAGGAAACGCUCAAGUUGUUCCUCGAGAAGGCAGGUGUGCGGGACCAGCAUUUGAAGGAUCGCGAAACGCGCGAAUUUAUCUACGACUUCAUUCAGAACUAUAAGGUGGUGGAUGCGAUGAAGUCGGAACAGAGUGGCACUCGGAAGCAGAAGCCUCAUGCACCGCCACCCGUGCCAGUUCGGAGUCAACAGGAGCCUCAGCAGCAUAUUAAUGGAAACACUCUGCAACGGAACCCACCGCCUCCGCCUCCCAAUAAGACAUCGGCGGCGCCACCCUUUAGGACAUUGCCACCGUUACCGGCGACAACCCCACCAAAGGCUAACCAAGCACCUUCGCGACCGCCUCCCAUACAAUCGGAAGCCCCGGCCGCAACGAUACCAGGACCACCCCCACCGCCUCCACCACCACCCGCCUCCUCGAGUGUUGCACCACCUCCACCCCCUCCAAUGAUGGCUCCAGGAUCACUAAAACCGCAAGCCCCGGCAGCUCCCUUGCCAGUCGUAGACGAUGGACGAUCCGCCUUGCUGGAUAGUAUUCGGAAAGGAACAACUCUUAAGAAAGUGGACCAAGGUGCGCUGAGCACCGGCAGCGGUGGCGACGCACGCUCGGACCUAAUGUCGCAGAUCCGGGACGGAACGGUGCUGCGACCGGUCGGGGAACGUGAACCAAAUGCUGACCGCAGCAGCGGUAGCGCAGGAAGCGGCGAAGUUGGCACCGAUGCACUGGCGGAUGCCCUGCGGCGGGCACUUGCCGAGCGGGGUCGUGUCAUCCGUUCGAGCGACGAAGAGGACAGCGACUCCAACUCGGCCAACGACGAUUGGGAUGACUAAGCAUUAUCCGGAGGGUGGUAAGUCUGUGGAAGGUGAUACGAGUCAACUAAACUUUUUAGAACUGAGAACGCGGUGCCAAAUGAUGAAACAUAGGUGAGCAGGUUCGGGGCUCGGGGUUCCGAACAGGUUAUCGAGCGGAGGAAUGGAGGAUUUAGUGAUAACCGUAGAAUGUAAAUUAAGAGCAUUACUGGUAGAUUCGUAAAAUUGCACAAUUUGAACGUAUCAGUUUAGUGUUAAGGAGCACAGGCCUUCUUUUAAUUUUAUUUCAACAACUGCCUUUCUGAAUGUGUACUUUUUACAUAAAAGUUAGAUAAUUCUGUUUUAGAUUUGUUUAGAUUUCUAACUAUCGCAAUAAUAGUGAGGGGAAGCUUAUUCGUGCAUGAAGGGAA